AUGGUGAGACUCUCUCCUGUUGUCACUGUGUCCUAUGAAGUCAAGGGUGCAUUUCUGUUCAUUUCCUUUCUGCAAUUCAUUGCGGGAACCCUUGCCAAUGCCUUCAUUGUCUUGGUGAAUUUGAGGGACGUGGUGAGGAGGCAGCCACUGACCAACUCUGACCUUGUCCUGCUGUGCCUCAGCCUCACCCGGCUGUUCCUGCACGGGCUGCUGCUUCUGGAUGCCAUACAGCUGACCCACUUUCAGCGGAUGAAAGACCCGCUGAACCUCAGCUACCAAAUCAUCAUCAUCCUCUGGAUGAUUACCAAGCUAAUUGGCCUCUGGUUGGCCACCUGCCUCAGUCUCCUCUAUUGCUCCAAGAUUAUCCGUUUCUCUCACCCUCUCCUGGUUGCCUUGGCUUUCUGGAUCCCCAGGAAGAUCCGGCAAAUGCUCCUGGGCAGUCUCUUCUUCUCCUUUGUCUGCACCACUUUCUGUUUGGGCAGCUACUUUAGUCAACCUGGCUUCGCCACAACUGCGCAAUUCGUGAAUAACAGCAUGAAACUCAACUUGCAAAUUGAAAAACUUCAUUUAUUCCAUUCAUUACUCUACUGCAGCCUGGGGUCCGUCCCCCCUUUCCUGAUUUUUCUGCUUUCUUCUGGCAUGUUGAUUGUGUCCUUAGGGAAGCACCUGGGGACAAUGAGGGCCAUAUGUAGGAACACUCAGGACCCCAGCCUGGAGGCUCACAUCAGAGCACUCAAAUCCCUCGUCUCCUUUCUCUGUUUUUUUGUGCUGUCGUUCUGUGCUGCCUUCACGUCGGUGCCUCUGCUAAUGCUGUGGCACAAUAAAAUCGGGGUGAUGAUCUGCGUGGGGAUCAUGGCAACUUGUCCCUUGGGACAUGCAAUUAUCUUGAUCUCAAGCAAUGCUAAGCUGAGGAGAGCAGUGGAAACCAUUUUUCUCUGGGCUCAGAGCAACCAAAAGGUAAGGGCAGGCCACGAGGCAGAUGCCAGGACACCAAAUCUCUGUUGA